GUUUGUUGAACUGGCUUCUGGCGCGGGUGGGGACGAUGUGGGGAAGUCCCUGCGCUCAGCUGCGGUGGAGUCCACUCGCUGUCCCUGCCACUGCAGCCCUGAGGAAUUGAAGAUUGGCGUUUCAGUGGAGAGCACACAGUGCUGGGAAGGUGUGAGAGUUGGACUGGGACCAGGACUCCAAAUCGCUGAGGAACCGGCUUUGCCCCUGCACAAGAGUCUUAAAGCAGAUCAUGACGAUGAAUUAUUACCCUGAAGCAAUGGCUGGAAGCUGCAGCUCCUACUCUCCACCUUACAGGGGCCUUAUGAGACACAUCCCUGUUGACAUGUGUGGGGACCCAUCCAUGGUAGGAUUUCCUGAGAACUGCUACCAGCAAGGAUUCUACAAUGGACAGCAAGAGGAACUUGCAGCUCAGGAAGUGCCUACUGGUCUUGAAUACUCCACUCCAGAUCUGGAAUGUGGAGAUAUACCAUUGCUGACACCCAGCAGCAACAAAAUGAUGUCUCAAGCCCUUAAGGACACAUUCAGUGAAUUCACGAGGGUACAGCAAAGACUGGGAAUUCCAAAAGACCCACGACAAUGGAUGGAUGAGCAUGUGACUCACUGGUUAACCUGGGCUGUGAAUGAAUUCAGUUUGAAGAAUGUAGAUUUCCACCAGUUGCAAAUGAAUGGAGCCACUCUGUGUGCCCUGGGCAGGGACAGCUUUCUGGAGUUGGCCCCUGACUUUGUGGGUGACAUCCUGUGGGAACAUCUUGAGCAACUUCAGAAAGAAUGCCAAGAAGACAUCAAGCCCUACGUGGUAAAUGGAGUCGUUUCCAGUUACUCUGAAAACAGUCUCUUCUCAACCUAUCCCAUGGGGUACGGCAGUGAACAUGCACAGUGUGUUCCUCCAUCUGAAUACUCCGACCCAGGAUUUAUUACAGAGUCCUACCAAACCCUUCAUCCUAUCAGCUCGGAGGAGCUGCUGUCUCUAAAGUAUGAACCGGAUUAUCAGGCUGUGAUCACUCGCGAUGCUCCUGUGGAGUCACUGCAGGCCGAGUAUUAUCUCAAACAGGAAGUGGUGUCGCCUGACAACAUGUGCGUGGGCCGCAUUAGCCGAGGGAGUGGGCCCAUCCAGUUGUGGCAGUUUCUGCUGGAGCUCUUGACUGACAAAUCUUGCCAGUCGUUUAUCAGUUGGACAGGUGACGGCUGGGAGUUCAAGCUCGCAGAUCCUGAUGAGGUGGCCAGACGAUGGGGAAAGCGGAAAAACAAACCAAAGAUGAACUACGAGAAGCUGAGCCGAGGCCUGCGUUAUUAUUAUGACAAGAACAUCAUUCACAAAACAGCAGGCAAGCGUUAUGUGUACCGGUUUGUUUGUGACCUUCAGAGCCUGCUGGGCUACACACCAGAGGAACUACAUGCCAUGCUUGAUGUUAAACCUGAUGCCGAUGAGUAAGGAGUACCUGCUUGUGGGACUGGAUUCCAAGCUGUGCUCACUUGUGGGACUUGUGUAUGGUUUGUUUGCUUAAGCUUCGUAGAGAAAGCCAAAAAAAAAUCAUUGCAUUGAAGGUGGACAUUUCAAAACGAUGCACAGCUCUACAAAGGCAAACCAAACCGGUUUCUUCUUUAAAAAAAUCAUCUUUAUUUGUGUUUUUUGGUUUUGUAACCUCUCAUUUUUCCUGCCUUACUAGUGCAGCAGACAGACUGUGUAAGGAUUGUGAUGACAUUGUGCAUUGUAGGACACAGGAACACUGCCCGAAAGGAAAACAUUGCCACCAAUGGGCAGCUGCAUGACUGUCUCAGGCAUCUUGCCUGUUGACAGCUUUGGCACAUUGGUGAACUGAAGUUAAUGGAUAAGGUAGUCAGUAUGUUAUGUAUUUGCCAGUUUUUUUUUUGUUUUAAGCUUAUAUCUAAGAUGGUCUCAGUAUUUGCAGCCUUGUGUAGGAACCUUACCAGCUCUGAUUUGAUCAAGUUUUGAAGGUGGGUAGACAACAUCAAACAUGACUCUAGUAAGAACCUGAAAGGGGGCUUUAAUAGGUUGAAAAACAUACCAACAAAAUUACAUUACACCAAGCCUGCUGGAAAUUGUACCUUGUUCUUUGUCCAGUGUGACAAUUAGUGUGGUCUGUUUCAUUUUUUUUUAAAUAUAAAAUAGUGAACUACAAAGAAACAAAAGAUGAGAUGCUUUGAAGCACUAUUGUAGUUACCCAUACUGUCUAACACAACUGUACAAAUAUAUAUAUAGAGAGAGAGAAUGUGUAUUGCAAUAUGUUCUGUGGAACAAGACCACUUCUGGGAAUGUGUUUUAGAAAGCUAUAUGAAUAAGUAGAUUGAAUGCUGUCCCUAGUGGUAUUCCAAAGAGGUCCAAUGGGAUGGAUAUGAUUCUUGAUUAGAUCUCCAGUUUGAUCAAACAUCAUAAGAUGAAGGGUAGAAGUAUACAUAGGUCCAACUGAGGCCUCACAACUCUGUAACCUUGCAGAUGAACUGAAUUAAGACUGUCUUUGUCCAUUCUGCAGGUAAGAAGAGUUUAAAGGAGAGGAGUAUCAGUGAAUUAAUGGCCAUUUCAAACUUUCAAAUAUCCUGUGAUGAAUGAUUGGAAAGUUGCUUGAAGUUAAGGAGAAUUCCAUUGUUAAGGCUAAGCAAGAGAAGGCCAGGUUUACUGGUGCCUUUGUGUGACUACUGAACUAGAAAGGCUUUAAGUAUGUCACUGGAUAUAAAUUGGAGAUGAUUAUUCUUUCCCAUCUUCAAUGAGCCAAAGACUGUUGUAUAAUUUUAUUCUAAAACAUUUGAGCAGGGUGCCUAUAUAUUGUCUGGAAUGCACUGUGUAACUUCACUUUGUGUUUCUGCUCUCUUUCCCUAGUCAAGUUGCUAGAGGGAUGUUUCUGUCAACUAUCAUUGUAAACUAUCCAUGAAAUAUCACUGAGGCACUGUCUCAGACCCAUGUAGCUCAGUCUGACUGUACCAAGCGCAUGUCAGUGUAGAACUGAGGUGCUGCACUGGGAGAUAUCAGCUAGUUCAUUUAUGGUUAAGUGCAGCACUAUAUUUCUGACGAGCACAUGUGUCUUUAUUGAAAAUGAUGAAACUGGAGUAAUUGAGCAAAGGAAUUUUGGCAGAAUGGCAAGACCAUGUGGGAAUUUCAUAAUCAAAUGCUGAAGAGUUAUAUGUGGCUGUGGUUUGUUACCAAGUGUCACCAUUCCAGAACAAUACAUUAAGUAAGAGUCACUGUCAGAAAUGUUGGGAAAUGCAGUGCUGGGAUGUAAAUAAAAGAAAGACUUGCAUUUACACAGCCCCUUUCAUGACCUCAGCAUAUCCAAAAUCAAUUUAGUGCCAGUGGAGUACUUUGAAGGGUAGCCACUGUUUUAAUGUAGGAAGCACCGGUAGCCAAUUUGCACAGAGCAAUGGUCACACGAAUAGCAAUGUGACAAGGAUCUCAUAAUCUGCUUUAUCAGCAUUGGCUGAAUGCUAAAUAUUGACUAGGACAUUAAUCUGCAUCUAUGAUUUCUCCCACACAGAGAACUCUAACUUUCAAUGUUUCCUGGAAAGGCAAUUACUGAGUGAAAGGCUAGUUAAUUUUCAGAGGAAGGGAAAGCUGCAGAGCCAGCUAUUCCAUUUGGGAAAGCUGUCUUUACUUGCUGUAUGGAAGCUGAGAUGGACAGGUUUCCUAAUGAGUGCUUACUUUUGCUUUCCUUGACAGCAAGAGCAAGAGUGGUAACAGUACUGACUCCCAGCUUAGUCAGCACUACAGAGAUCGAUUACAAAUAAUGCCCAGAGGCACAUGGUGUAGCAAGUCUUCUGAGGACAAAAGGUGAAGGAGGGCAGGCUACAACUAGCCUCACAGAUGUAUGAUGAGUGUGACUGCACUAGAGAAAAAGUAGUUCGCAACUUGUCCACUUUCUAUCGCCAUUUCAGGGGUGAUGUCAGAAUUACUGCUUGAUAUCCCUUGGGAAUUAAGUAACAGUGAAGAAUAGCUUGAACCUCACUCUGUGGGGCCUAGAUUGACUGCCUCAUGUGCAGUUCAUCAUUCAGUUGGUUAAGGAAUAAUCUGUUUCUAAACAUACCUGUAUAUCUCACUGGUGGUGUAAGCAGAGAAGGGAAAUGUAGUUAUAUGUUGCAAGUAUGUGGAGAGUGUGUUACAGGAAACCUUGAAAUGUCCACAUGUAUUGUGUAUUGUUUAUGCGAAUCCAGAAGAACAGAUCACUGCUUCAGCGUUGCCGAGACCAGAUAUUGACCCACCAUAUGUUCCAUUGGCUCUGUGAUGUUUAGAUUAAAUCCAAAAUAAUUGCCUCAACAGAAUAGUUUCUUACUGUAGGUUUAAAGUCUAAAAUAGUGGAUAUAAAAAAAAGAUAUUUUAUGUAUUUUGUUCAAGACUUAUUUUUUAGCUUUUUUAAGAAUAAUUUAUAUUUUUUAAAAGGACAAAAAAGCAAAAUGAAAGCUGGUGCUUUGUAAACUGAGGUAGCUUAGAGAUGUAGCGAUCUCAUUGGAGCAGAGUGAAGAUUCCUGUAAGUUUAGUUGCUGAUGCUGGCACAUCAUGUUGCUGGAGAUAUUUUAUAUAACUGUACUCUUUCUGUGCUGUUACACAUUGUGGAAAUGCUUCAUAAAAAGAAAUGAGCUGUGAAAUUUGGAUUAUUUUGACUCCAAAGUAAUACCCGUGCCAAUGUUGUUCAACGAUUUUGACAUCAAAGUUGUUAGAAUCUACCUCCUGUACUCCAAUUCAAACUCUGCCCUCUGCGGACUGAAUGUGAGACUCUUAUUGCCUCCAUAUCCAUUUGAGAUGGAACUGAAGACUCUGUUUUUAUGAAGAUUAUCUAGAAUUAUUUCAAUAAAAGAAAUUCUUAUUCUUUUGAA